AUGGCGUACAAAUCUAUAGAUUCCAUCACGAGUUCUGAUAUCGAAGCUCUUGGGAUUUCCGGCGAUGUCGCUGAGAGUCUUCUCAGAGAUCUCAAAGAUAUUAUUAUCCGUAAUUACGGCUCUGCCACGCCGCCGGAGACGUGGAAUCAGAUUUCUCGACGGAUCCUUCACCCUAAUCUCCCUUUUUCUUUUCACCAGAUGAUGUAUUAUGGUUGCUACAAGGAUUUCGGACCCGACCCGCCCGCUUGGAUACCCGACCCGAAGGUCGCUUCUUUAACGAACGUUGGCGAGUUGCUAGAAAGGCGUGGCAAAGAGUUCUUAGGUGAAGAUUACAAAAAUCCGAUUUCGAGUUUCUCGAGUUUUCAAAAAUUCUCUGUAUCAAAUCCUGAGGUGUAUUGGAGAACUGUUCUUGAUGAGUUAAACAUAUUGUUUUCGGUACCUCCUAAGCGUAUUCUCGACAAGGACACAUCUGGAGACAAUCCUGGAGGUGAUUGGCUUCCUGGUGCUUACCUGAACCCUGCAAGAAAUUGUUUGACCAAUGGUUCCAAGAGAAGAUCGGAGGACAUUGUGAUCCGAUGGCGUGACGAAGGAAGCGAUGAUCUUCCGGUGAACACCAUGACACUUCUGGAGUUACGAGCACAGGUCUGGUUAGCCGCACAUGCUCUUAAUGCCUUGGACUUGGAGGAAGAGUCAGCAAUAGCUGUUGAUAUGCCAAUGAACGUUGAGUCUGUGGUCAUAUACCUUGCCAUUGUCUUAGCAGGCCACAUAGUUGUUUCCAUAGCCGAUAGUUUCUCUCCCCGUGAAAUAUCAACACGGCUUAAAAUUUCAAAAGCAAAAGCCAUAUUUACUCAGGAUGUGAUCUUUCGUGGUGAUAAAAGUAUUCCCCUCUAUAGAAGAGUCGUUGAUGCAGAAGCACCAAUGGCAAUUGUUGUCCCAGCGAGAGGCGCUAGCAUCAGAAUGAACCUGCGCGAGAAUGAUUUGUCUUGGAACGACUUUCUGGGAAAGGCAAGAAAUUUGAGAGGCGUGGAAUAUAUUGCUGUAGAGAAACCAGCGGGAGCUUACACGAACAUUCUUUUUUCAUCAGGAACCACUGGUGAGCCAAAGGCCAUUCCAUGGACGAACGUUUCUCCUCUGAAAUCUGCUGCUGAUGCUUGGUGCCACUUGGAUGUUCAUCGAGGAGAUGUUGUUGCUUGGCCGACCAACCUUGGGUGGAUGAUGGGUCCGUGGCUCGUUUAUGCUUCCUUGAUAAAUGGGGUUUGCAUGGCAUUAUACAAUGGAUCACCUCUUGGUCCUUCCUUUGCCAAGUUUGUGCAGGAUGCUGAGGUAACAGUGCUAGGCGUGAUACCAAGCAUUGUUAGGACAUGGCAAAACUCGAACUCUACUUCUGGCUAUGACUGGUCACGAAUCCGUUGUUUUGGUUCCACUGGUGAAGCUUCAAACGUAGACGAGUAUCUAUGGCUGAUGGGAAGAGCUCAUUACAAACCAGUAAUCGAGUAUUGUGGCGGAACAGAGAUUGGAGGCAGUUUUAUAACAGGUUCUUUGCUCCAGCCUCAGUCUCUGGCUGCUUUUAGCACCCCUGCAAUGGGUUGCAAGCUUUUCAUCCUCGGUGAAGAUGGAAAUCCUCUUCCUCCAAGCGCAUCAGGAGUAGGCGAACUGGCUCUUUGUCCUCACAUGUUUGGAUCUUCGAGCACUCUCCUUAACGGAAACCACUACAAAGUUUACUUCAAAGGGAUGCCCGCUUUCCAAGGACAGAUUUUACGAAGACACGGUGAUUUGUUUGAACGGACUUCAAAAGGAUACUACCGUGCUCAUGGACGUGCUGAUGACACAAUGAAUCUCGGUGGCAUAAAGGUCGGUUCUAUUGAGAUCGAACGAGUGUGUAACUCCGUUGAUGAUAGUGUCCUGGAAACAGCAGCCAUCGGUGUUCCACCUCCUAGUGGCGGUCCUGAGCAGCUAGUGAUCGCAGUUGUGUUCAAGAGCCUUGAAGUACCGAAUCGCGACUUGAGCCUCUUGAAAAAGUCCUUCAACUCUGAGAUACAGAAGAAGCUUAAUCCAUUGUUCAAGGUAUCAUCUGUUGUAACUCUGCCUUCCUUGCCGAGGACGGCCACAAAUAAGGUUAUGAGAAGAGUUCUAAGGCAACGGCUUACUCAGACCGAUUUAAACUCGAAGCUAUGA